CGACGGUACCCAAAGUAUUUAUUUGUUGUCGCCUACUUCUGUCUGCAUCCCGAAGAGAUUGAUGGAUCGAGUGAGUCUAUUUAGCAGACGACGAUUCACUGUCGGUUAACCUUAGAUUACAUUCUCAAGUAGCUUUCGAAUGAGUAAAUAAGCAGUGACUGAUAUGGAUAAGAUGUGGAAAACAGUGAGAAUCUGUGAAAGAUUCACUUUACAGUUGAAGAACGUAUCAACGACUCAGAAUCGAACAUUUUUGUCAAAUGCCUACCGUUGUAACGAAGCUUGGAAGCAAAGGUUAGAAUCACCUCUACUGAAUAAGGUAGUCGCAGAAGAUUUUUACCUUCAAUUAAAACAAAAGUUCAACCAAAACACCAAAGCACAUGCAGUCGAUGUCGAUAUAUUAGCAAACGUGGUUUCCACUGAAUCCCAAGAGAUAGAUGAACUUGUGGACAUAUUGUACAAGCUCCGAAUGUCUGCUGAAACUACCAAUACUUUUGAUUCUACUCAUCAUGCAGUUGUACGUUGCUUUUUGGAAGCAGAUCGCAUAGAAGAACUCAUUUCCAUGUUACACGACAGAUUGAAUUAUGGCUUGUUUCCUGAUCACUUUGCCCUUAACAUUUUGAUGGACUCCCUCAUAAAGAAGAAAGAUUAUGUAUCAGCAGCAAGAGUUGCAAGUUUACUCAUGUUUCAAGAAGAUACACAAAAUCCAAUUUCCAACAUAAUUGCUAUUUAUGCAAGCCACAAGUGCAUAGAUAAUUUUGGAAAUUGGAGGGAGCCAGAACCUGUGGUAGACACUAGCAAAGAGAUAGUUAAAGUGCGGGUAGGCUUCUUGAGAAAUCCAUAUUUUGAUGAUCAUUUUGAUCUGCAAAAACCAGCACAUAUUGUUGGUAAAACCUUGUACUUUUUUGGCAAACAUUUUGGUGAUUCAUUAGGGCGAAGCUAUCAACUAAUCGGUUUAAUACUUUAUGGAAAAUAUAACGCCGCCGCUCAUCUAAUCAAAGAGUGGACCCAAAAGGGAAUUCAACAAGUUGUGUAUGAAGACGCAAUAAAAAUAGUCGAAAACGAACUGUCAAAAAUUCCUGAAGGUGAAGUUAACGAUGAAGUCAAAGAUUUUACUGUAGCAUUAGAAGGUUUCAAAAAAUGCGAUUUGGUUAAAGAAAAUCUCGAAGAAGCAAUCGAGAAAAAAGUUAGAGAGGUAAUUGCCGAACAAGCAGAUCGAGACAUUUCUCUACAACUGCAGAAUUUUGACGACUGGGAAAAAAAGAGGCAGUCUGUGCUUAAUGAGCAACUGGCUGAACUUGACCGCCAGGAAAGGUUGGCUAAAGUAGCAGCGAUCAAAAAGGAGUUGAGCGAAAGAGAACAGCUUCUAACAUUCUUUGAAAAUGAAGACGAAAUCGAUCUGACUAUUGACAGCAAAAAGCCAAAAUACACGAGGAAACCGAUUGGCAAAAAGAGGAAGCCCAAGUCUGUGAAUGAAAAUUACAUACCUCCAGAAAUGCCCACUCGAGCUCGUAACUAGAGUUUUGUAUACAGUAAUUGAUAUUUUAUUCACAAAAAAUCUUAACGAUUUUCCCUUAGCUCCAUCUAUGCAAAUAAAUUUCAUUUAUCAUUAAAAA